GGAGGAGGCGCUGGGGAAGGGGCUGCGGGGGUCACGGCACCCCUACAGCCUGCAGAGCGCCUGCAGUGGGGUGGCAGAGAAAACACGGCCCUGUUGCAACCCUGUGCCUCACCCCCCACCCCUCGCCGGCAUUAAUUAGGACUGUCAUUAAAAGGGCUGAAAGACGGGGCUGAGAGACGAGCCAGCCACGUCCUAGGCAAGGACAUCAGCUGGGACGUCUGUCCCCGGGGCCCCUGGCACAGAGGGGCUGGAGCAAGGGCUGCUGUGGCCUUGCUCACACCAAGAGCGUCCUCCCCUUGGUCCUCUGCCCCAAACAGUCUGCCCACGCCCGAGGGAUGAGGGCCGCAGCCCAGGGGCUCUGUGUCCCGACGAGGCCGAUGCCGUGCCAGAAUCCCAGGAUGCCAACAGAGGAAGCUUUUUGGGACGCCAAGUCGCAGCGUGCAGCCAGGGAUUUGGGAGAUGAGAGGGCUGGAGGCCCGCCAGGGGCUGAGCCCACGGAGGGGUCACAGCUUGGCCCGGUGCCCCCCCCUGCAGCCCGGGGACGUGGCCCCGCUGCCCUCGGAGCAGCAGGACGGUGCCGGGCAGGGGCUCCCGUCCUGCCAAUGGCUCUGCUCUGCCAAGGGGACCGGAGCCCAGGUCACAGCACUGUCCUCUCCCUGCUUCCCCACGCAGACACGAUGCAGCAUCUGCCCGUGACUUGGGGCCGCGAGGAGCGGCACGCAGGGGCUGGAGGGGGCUGGCAGCACCCGUCACCGGGUGUUUUGUGGCUCCGCACCGCUUUCAGCACCUCGCCAGCUUUGUGAUGCCCUCCUGCCACCCAUGGCCACGUCCCUGGCACCCUGAGCCUCCCCGCUGGGGCUGGGGCGGCCGGCUCCUUUGGCCCCACAGCCUUGCCCUGGCAGCGUUUCGUUAGCCAAGGCCACCCCACGGUGGGUGCCACCUCCGGGUGCCACCAUCCUCAGGCGCGUUUGCCACCACCAGCGCCCGCACUGCCCUGGCACCGGGGGGGUCUCCAGUUCCAAGCGCUGGAGACUGUGCGGCCAUUUGGAUACCUCAAAGCACUGAACCCCCCCCUCCCCAAAACCCUGCCCUACGCUUCGCCCUGGUGCUGGGGGCCACGUGCCCACCCCAAAAAGCAGCACCUUGCAGUGCUUAUGGGGGGGGGCAAAGCAACAGCAUAGGCAGGGGUCCUGGGGGGGCUUCGCCCGUGGGCGCGGCUCCGGGCAGCUGCCGUGCGGGCGGCACAAGCAAAGGGUUAAGUCCUGCUCGGCAUGCGGGAAGCGGGCGCGCUCCCACCCCCUUCGCUGGCGGAGGCCGAGCCGGGUGCGUCCUGGGAUGGAGGCGGCGCAUCCCACAUGUUUGGUUUGCACCCUGCCGAGAGGAGCCGGGGAAGGAGGGGCCCUUUCCCCGCCGCCUCGCCCCGCGGGAGAGCCCCUCGAGCCGGAGCCGGGACACCGUGCACGGAGGAGCUGGGGAGCUGACACCAUGAACCAGCUGGUCCUUUGCACGCUGCUUCUCUUGGUCCCCGGGGAGCUCGCGCGGGCAUGUCCCGCUGGCUGCCAGUGCCAGGACCCCAAGACCAUCCUGUGCGCGGCCAGACGGGGCCACACCGUGCCCCGGGGGCUGCCCCCCAACACCCUCUCCCUGUACGUCUUUGAGAACGGCAUCACGACGCUUAGCGAGGACAGCUUCACGGGGCUGCCCGCCCUUCAGCUCUUGGACCUCUCACAAAACAAGAUCACCAGCAUCCAGAAAAAUAUCUUCCAGCCCCUAACGGAGCUUGUCAACUUGGACCUGUCCUCCAACCAGCUGCAGGAGAUCACCAAUGAGACCUUCCACGGGCUGCGGCUGCUGGAGCGGCUCUACCUGCAGAGGAACAGGAUCCAGCACAUCCACGCCGCCGCGUUCGACACGCUGGAGAACCUGCUGGAGCUGAAGCUGCAAAACAACCAGCUCUGGGCAGUGCCCCCCCUCGACCUGCCCAACCUCCUGCUGCUGGACAUCAGCUGGAACAAGAUCCCCACUAUUGCACCUGGGACCUUCCACGCCGUCAACAUCGAGUCUCUGAAGAUUGCGGGGCUGGGCCUGACGAGCUUGGACGAGGAGCUCUUCCAGACCCAGAACAACCUCCACGAGCUGGAUGUCUCCAACAACCUGCUGGAGCGCGUCCCGGCCGUGCUGCGGCGCCUGGGGAGCCUCACCAAGCUCAGCCUGGCUGGCAAUGCCCAGAUCUCCCAGCUGCCGGCAGAGGACUUCCACAGCCUUCACAACCUCCAGGAGCUGGACAUCAGCAACCUCAACAUCAACACCAUCCCUCGGGACUUCUCUGGCUUUUUCCCGAGGCUCCGGGCCGUGACAGCUGCCGGCAACCCCUUCAACUGCAUCUGCCAGAUGAGCUGGCUCGUGCAGUGGGUGAACGCCAGCAGCGUGGUCCUCCGGCGGCCCGAGGAGACGCGCUGCCACUUCCCCCCAAAAAACUCCGGCAAACUCCUCCACCACCUGCAGUACGCUGACUUCGGCUGCCCCACGACCACCACCACCACCACCACGACCACCACCACGCCGCGCACCACCACGCUGCGGCCACCUGCGCCACUCCCCACCAGCAGCCGCCCGCCGCCAGAGCCCAGCACCGCUGCUCCCACCCCGCAGGCCAGGGCCUCCCCCGGCAGCUCCGCGCCGGUGUCCUUCAGCGUCCCCCCGGCCCCCAGCAGCCCCCCGCCGCAGAUCUGCCCCCCGCGCACGUGUCUGAACGGCGGCACCUGCCAGCUGGACGCACGCAGCCACCUGCAAUGCCUGUGCCCGCAGGGCUUCGCCGGGGCGUACUGCGAGGAGGAGGAGGCGAGGGGGACGACGCCGUCCCCGGCCACCCAGGCGCCGACGCCGAGCCGGCAGAUCAGCAUCACGCAGGUGAGCAGCACGUCCCUGAAGGUGGACUUGCAGAACUACGUCCAGUCCAAAGCGCAGCUGAAGGGCAUCCGGCUGAGCUACCGAAACCUCUCCGGGCCGGACAAGCGGCCCGUGAUGCUCCGCUUGCCGGCCUCGCUCGCCGAGUACACGGUGCGGGCGCUGAGGCCCAACUGCACCUACCGCGUCUGCGUCGGGCCGCUGGGGGAGAAGGUCUCCAAGGAGGAGUUCUGCGUCGAGGCGCACACCUUGCAGAUGACCCACCAGCAGCACUCGCCCGUCACCCAGGGCAAGGACAACAACCUCACCCUGAUGAUCGUCCCCGCGCUGGCCGCCGUGCUGCUGCUGGUGGUGGUGGUGACGGCGGUCACGUACUACCGCCGGCACCGCCGGGCGAAGGCGCACGCGGGCGGCGGGGUGGACGCCGGCCCGCUGGAGCUGGAAGGCGUGAAAGCCUGCCUGGACAACGGGGAUCUGAGCAACCACAGCUGCAAGGGGCCGGAGGCCGCGAUGCUCUCGGGCGGCUCUGAGUGCGAGGUCCCGCUCAUGCAGGCGCACUACCCCAGCAACAACAACACCACCGCGCUCAAGCCCUCCUACUUCUGAGCCAGGCGGCACGGGCAGCCGGGCGAGGGGAGCGCCGCGCGGCCGGCGGCAGCACCCGGCCCCGUUCCUCCGGGCCGAGGAACAGCGAGGAGUUAACUGAAUGAAGGCACAAAGCCCAAACCCGUAACGUGCAAUUUCUGAGAGGCUUACACACUUAGGGAGUAGACACUAAUUUUACCGCUCGGCGUAUGACUAAGUGCCUUGAUUUCUGUGACUCUACGUAGAACGUGGGUAGCGAAAGAGAGGGGUUUUCGUUUUUAACUUGGGGUUUGGGUUGGCCUUUUUUUUUUUUAGCUAGUGCUAAAAAGAAAGUCAUCGGUGACUUAGCUAAGGGGCAUCAACGUGCUGGCAACAAGGGCCCUUUAGUGGAGCACGGCCCGUGGCUCUCAACUCCCUGGAAGCUGAUGUGAGCGGCGUGGCCCAGCCGAGGUGCUGGGACCCUCGGGACCCCCGGGCCGCGCGCCAAAGGAAGCGCUGAGCAGGCAAACCGGGAAUCGAAGCUUUAAGAACUCGGAGAGAAUAUUUAUACAUGGUUAUUUCCCAUUUCUUCUGGGAAAACUCUUUUUCUAGUACAGGUUUGUGUACAUCUGUUUUGUAAGGCAGACCAGAAGGGUGUCUUUUUGUAAAAAAAUAAAAUAAAAUAAUAACAA